UGCACGCCGGCGGCGCAUGCGCCCUCUGGGGUGGCAGGCCGCUGGAUCCGAAGCCUGGACACUGACUGUGACUCAGGGCAGCAGGAUGCUGCGGAGGAAGCCCACCCGGCUCGAACUGAAGCUGGACGAUAUCGAGGAGUUUGAGAGUAUGAAAAAGGAGCUGGAGAAUCGAAAGAAGCAGCAGCGUGAGGAAGGGGUAAUGGUGAGUUCCAGUGACGUGGACAGUGCAAAUGCAGCACGAGACGAUGCUAAAGUCCGAGAGAAGAUAAAUGAGCGAAUUGGUUACCGACCCAAUCCUCACGUCAACAAACCCUUCUCUCUGUUUGGGAACCUCCACUGAUGGCCAGUUGGGAGGGAUACACGUGAAGUGUACAGUUUGUCAGGCUUCGGAACCUGUACAUGAGUAUUUUGAGGAUUGUGAAUUCAAGGACCUGGAGUUAUCAGUGCUCUGGGGCAAGUUUGGUGCGCUGCUAGCUCUCCUGAGGACAGUGCCGAACGUAUGAUAAAAUGAUAUGAAAAUCACUGACCCAGCCAUGUACUCUGUAAAUAUUUCCACAAAGUGUCUUAUAAAGAGGUAAUAAGUUGAUGGUUCGAAUUUUAAAAAUGGCAUGUGUUGUGAACUCCAAUUGAUUGUCACACUACAUUGGAUUUUACACACAUUGGAUUAUUUCAGGAUAAUAAACAUGCAUCUGAAAA